AGGACAUCGCGCCUUGGCGGCAGGCAUGGAUCAAAACAAUGAUGGAAGCAUGAAGAUCAGCAAUGUAAAUCUUGACAAACUUAUAGAUGACUUCUCACAGAUAGAAAAGAAAAUGAUAGAAACCACUGGAAAGAAUAGCCUUCUGGAUAUUCAGCUGGAAAAGACUAACAGUUUAUUAAAGAUAAUGCAAACAAAAGAGGCCUCGAUGAAAGAAGAAUGUAUUACUCUGCAUACUAUGAUAAAGGGGCUACAACAGACUGUUCAAUAUCAACACACUUUGAAAGGUGAAAAUGAACAACUAAAAAGAAAUAUUGAUUUUAUGAAGGAGAAGUUGAAAUCUCAUGAGCAGGAAUAUAAGAAUAAUAUUGCCAAACUUGUAAGUGAAAUGAAAAUUAAAGAAGAGGAACACAAAACUGAAAUGAGCAAACUUUAUCAGGAUAUGCAGAAAAAAGUUGAAUUAAAUGAAGAAAAUCACAAGGAACUAAUGGCAAAGAAGGAGAUGGAAAUAUCAGAGUUAAAUGCAAAAUUGAGAACUCAGGAGAAAGAAAAACAAAGUGAAAUACUCAGACUACAUUUAGAAUUUGACACUAAACUAGCAAGAGCUCAGACUAAAUCAAAAUCAUAUCCAGACGCAAAUCAUAUUUUGCCGCAAAGUAUCUACAGAAGGAAGCUUCAGCAUCUUCAGGAGGAAAAGAGCAAGGAAAUUGCAAGUCUCCAGAGCACUAUCCGAGACCUAGAGCAGCGCCUCGCAGCCUCCAAAGACACGCGCCUCACGCGGAGACGGUUUUGAGCAGAGCGCUUAAUGCAUUAGCUACAGCUUAGGGUUUUUUUUAAAGACAUUAAAAAUUCACUUCUAUUUUCAAUGUGAGCAUGAUGAACAAUAACGAUACAUACUUGCAAGCUU